AUGUAUAAGCUUCUCAGCGAGCAACGUGAAGGAGAAGUCAAGAGCCUUCCAGCCGAGCUGGACGCAACUCAGAAGGAACAUGCCGACCUGUUGGAACAGGUAAGAAUCUUUGAAGUUAGUGAUGAUGAGCUAGAAACGGUGUCUAACUCUCAGAAUCCUCAGGUCCAGCAGAAGAUUGAUCGAGUCGACCAGCUCCGGGCUGAGAUGGAUGAAGUCAAGGCCAUGGCCGAGGAGUGGAAAGGCAAAAUGGACCGAUUGGCUUCGGAAAAGGAGACUGCCCGGGAGCAGUUGGCUUCGGCGGAGGCCCAACUUCGAUCCGCGAAGGAGAAGGUUGAGAUCCGAUCUCAUGAAAUCAAAAACCUCCAGUCUCAACUAGGCUCGGCCAUUGCCACCCGGGACACCCUUGUCAAGGAGCUCGAAGCAGCCAAGUUAGAGGUGGAAAUGACUAGGGAUGAAGCUGAAGAGAUGGUGACCCAGUACAAAGCCGAUGCUGAGGCAGCUCAGGAACGCCUAAAGGCCAUAGUCGAAUAUCUGAAGUGGCAGUCCCGGAGGGAGGCGAUUUAUCGGUCGAGCUUGAUAAUUUUAUGA